GCAAGGCGCUCGAUCGCGGCGAAGAAGAAACCAAUGGACAGCAAGCCGGCGACGCGGGUGUCCCGCCGGCCGCCGCCGCAGCCACCGGCAGCCACGAGGAGCGCCGUGUGGCUCGUCGGCCUGCUCGUGACGCUCUGCUUCUUCUCCCUGCCGCUCUUCCUCGCGCUCUCCCCCAACCUCUCCGACGUGUGGCAUCUGGGCCUCAGCGUCACCGCGCGCCACGAGAACGCGACGGCUCAGUCAGAGUCUUCGGACUCGGCGCCGGCGAGCCGGGACAGGCUGCUCGGCGGCCUCCUGUCGCCGGACGUCAGCGAGGGGUCCUGCCUGAGCCGGUACGCGUCGUCCCUCCACCGCAGCAGGGCGUCGCCGCACUCGCCGUCGCCGUACCUGGCUUCCCGGCUGCGCAAGUACGAGGCGCUCCACCGCAAGUGCGGCCCGGGCACGCUCUCCUACAAGAAGUCGCUGAUGCAGCUCCCGUCCCCGCACAGCAUGGGCCUGGUGGAGUGCCGCUACCUCGUGUGGGCGCCCACCUCCGGCCACAUCGGCGACCGCGUGCUCUCCAUCGCGUCCGCCUUCCUCUACGCGCUGCUCACCCGCCGCGUCCUCCUCCUGCAGCUCGCCGACGACAUGGCCGGCCUCUUCUGCGAGCCCUUCCCGGGCGCCACGUGGGAGCUCCCCGCCGGGGGCUUCCUCGCCGACCGCAUCAAGGGGCUCCGCCGCGGCAGCGACCGCAGCUACGGGAACUUCAUCCGGGCCGCCAAGAACAACAAGGACGACGACCUGCGGGCGGAGUCGCUGCCGCCGUACGCGUACGUCCACCUGGAGCACGACUACCAGCAGCCGGAGCAGCUCUUCUUCUGCGACGAGGACCAGACCGUCCUCGGCAAUAUCAACUGGGUGAUCCUGCGCUCCAACCUCUACUUCGCCCCGGGGCUGUUCCUGGUGCCGCAGUUCGAGGAGGAGCUCCGGUGGAUGUUCCCGGCGAGCGACACGGCGUUCCACCACGUCGGGAGGUACCUCUUCCACCCGUCCAACGAGGUGUGGGAGCUCAUCACGAGCUACUACACGCCGUACAUGGCCAGCUUCCAAGAAAAGAUCGGUCUGCAGAUCGCCACCUUCGCCUGGAACCCCGUGCCGUUCGAGGAGUACUUCAAGCAGGUCUCGGCAUGCACGAGCCAGGAGAAGAUCCUGCCGGAGGUGGACACGACCCCGGGCGUCCUCCAUGAGGCUGCGGCGGGGGCGACGUCCAAGGCGGUGCUCGUCAGCUCGGAGCACCCGGAGUACGCCGAGAAGCUCAAGUCCAUGUACCACGAGCACGCGACCGUGACCGGCGAGACCGUCAGCGUGCUGCAGCCCGUCGACGUCGGCGGCGGGAACCACUCGCACAACCAGAAGGCGGUGGUGGAGAUGUUCCUGCAGAGCUACUGCGACGUGUCGGUGGUGAGCGGCUGGUCCACCGUGGGAUACGUCGGGCACGGCCUCGCCGGGGUGAAGCCGUGGCUGCUGCUGGCGCCGAGGAACCAGACGGCGGCCGACCCGCCCUGCGUCCAGGCGACGUCCAUGGAGCCGUGCUUCCACGCGGCGCCGAGCUACGACUGCAGGGCCAAGAAGAAGGGGGACCUCGGCGCCGUUCUCCGGCACGUCAGGCAUUGCGAAGAUGUCGGCGAUGGCCUCAAACUAUUUGACUGAUUUUUUGCUUUCAAAUGUCCCCAUAAAUUUACAAGCAGGAAAGGGUUGCAGAGUGAUUCAAUGGUGUUGUGUGAACUUCUCUUGUGUUGAAACAAAAAUAAUACUGUAGUAGUUGUUGUUUUGCUAAAUGUAGUUACUUCAAGCAAAAGGAAUAUAGACCCAACACAUUUCAUUUUAUUA